AUGUCCUUCCCCCAGCUGGGCUACCCGCAGUAUCUCAGCGCCAGCCAGGCCGUGUACGGGAGCGACCGGCCCGGGGUGCUGGCCGCCGCCGCCGCAGCCGCCGCCGCCGCCGCUGCCGCCUCGGGCCGGCCCGCGGGCGCCGAGCUGGGCAGCGGCUCGGCCGCUGUCACCUCGGUGCUGGGCAUGUACGCCAGCCCCUACAGCGCCCCCAACUACAGCGCCUUCCUGCCCUACACCGCCGACCUCGGCCUCUUCUCCCAAAUGGGCUCCCAGUACGAGCUGAAAGAUAAUCCGGGUGUCCACCCUGCUACCUUUGCUGCCCACACUGCCCCCGGCUAUUAUCCCUACGGACAGUUCCAAUACGGGGACCCGGGGCGGCCCAAAAAUGCCACCCGGGAGAGUACCAGCACCCUCAAGGCCUGGCUCAACGAGCACCGCAAGAACCCCUACCCCACCAAGGGCGAGAAGAUCAUGCUGGCCAUCAUCACCAAGAUGACCCUCACCCAGGUCUCCACCUGGUUCGCCAAUGCCCGCCGGCGGCUCAAGAAGGAGAACAAGGUGACCUGGGGCUCCAGGAGUAAGGACCAAGAAGAUGCUAACCUCUUUGGAAGCGACAAUGAGGGGGACCCCGAGAAGAAUGAAGAUGAUGAGGAAAUUGACCUGGAGAGCAUAGAUAUAGAUAAAAUCGAUGAGAAUGAUGGGGAGCAGAGCAACGAGGAAGAGGAGGAGAAGCCCGAGCUCCUGAGACAAAGCAGUGAAGAGGAGCACCUAGAAAAGGAGAAGGAUUUGGCACUGUCAGGGUCUGAAGGGCUGAAACCCAAAGAUGCGCUGGCCAUGGUGAAGGAGGCCUCUGACAAUAGCACGAGAAUCAUCAGUCCUGGGGGACCAAACAAUUUACAGAUGCCAUCUCACAGCAAACCCAAGAUUUGGUCUUUGGCAGAGACGGCAACCAGUCCUGAUGGUGCCCUGAAAUCUUCUCCUCCUCCUCCCCCUCCUCCCCAGGUUAACCACACUUCUUCUCAGAUUCAGCACCCUGCUUUUCUCCCUAGCCAUGGACUCUACACAUGCCAGAUUGGCAAAUUUCACAACUGGACAAAUGGGGCUUUCCUCACUCAGAGUUCCCUUCUAAAUGUGAGGUCCUUUUUGGGAGUAAAUCACCACCAUGCUGCUCAUCACAAUCACCACAUCCAGGCCCAGCAACAGUCUUCUGUUUUAACAGCAACCCUGGGAGCUCUAAGCAGCGAAAAACCUUCAGAGAGGACCAGUCCCAAACACAUAGAAAGAGAAAAUGUACCAAGAACUGACUCCCCACCCCAGCCGCUAAAAUCGCCCUUCCAGCCUGUCCGUGACAACUCUUUGGCUCAGCAAGAGGGAACACCGAGAAUUUUAACAGCUCUCCCUUCUGCUUGA